CCCAUUUCUGGCUUGGUAGCUAUGUGGCGUAAGGCUGCGGCAGGUGGGCCGACCAUGACUCAAAUUUUUUAUCGUCAGAUCUUUAUCACGCCCCCGCCCCUCAACUCACAUGAGGCCAAUGUGUUCGGCAAGACAGCGAUCAUCACUGGGUCUAACGGCGGCAUAGGCUUUGAGUGUGCCUCUCAGUUGCUCGAUCUGGGAGUCGGCAAGCUAACCCUCGCUGUGCGCAGAGUGGAGUCCGGGGAUGAGGCAGCGAGGAGAAUCUGCGGAAAAAAUUGAAGUAUGGAAGCUAGAUAUGUCCGAGUAUGACUCCAUCAUGGCUUUCACGAAGCGUGCCGAUGCUCUCGCUCGACUGGACAUAGUGAUCUUGAACGCAGGUGUUCGCAAAGGUACAGAAGUAUUCAACGCAUCUACCGGAUACGAGGAAAGCAUACAAGUCAACUUUCUAUCAUCUUUUCUGCUCCUGGUUCAGUUACUUCCAAUCAUCAAAGCCAAGAGACAAAACUCCGAACCUGGUCGCAUCACCCUUGUCUCCUCAGACUCGGCUCGGAUGGCUUUGCUAGAAGAACGAAACGAGUCUCCUAUCCUGCCUGCCUUUAAGAGGAAUCGCGCGGUUUUCAAUAGUGGCGAGCAAUACUACGUACAACAGGUCGAAGGUGCUCGUGCAACUUGUGAUGAGCCAAGCUCUGUUGCAAACAUCAACAUGGCCACCCCCGGCUUCUGCCGUGGUACAGGCAUCAUGCGGGAACUAUACAGUCCUUUAGUCGCGUUUGUUGCAGACAAUGUCACCCGCUUGUUCGGCAGGUCUGCCACAGUUGGUGCCCGUGUCAUUGUCAAUGGUUGUCUCAAGGAUAUUGAAACUAAGGCUGUUCAGACCCCACAUGAUCACACGCCACUUUGUGUGCAACAAGAACCAUGCAGAUGUUGACGCAUAAGUACUUCGUUGAUACGCGGCGAUCCUAACACAACUGUCACGUUUCUAAAGUUCAGCUAAGGGUAGUACCGGUACGCACAGGUAUCUGCGUAAAGUACCUACCGGUACUUAGCGUUGGCUAACUACUGCCAGUUCCUGCGAUGGGGUGGGUAUUCCCCACUUUCUUUCGGGACGGCCCGCGUGCGUAGUC